AUGAUGUCCUCAACCGCAGCAUCUCUGGACCGUCUACGGCCGACACCAAGCUACGGACUAGGCGGAACCUUCACCAUCACAUGCUCCACCCGCAUCGCUGCCUCCCCGCAGGCCUGCCUCAGUGUCGUCACUAACUCUGCUGGAUAUCCCUUAUGGAACCGCUUCUGCCGCGCCUGCACAAUCGACUACCAACCUCCCGGCAACAGCAGCGAUACCAACCCUGCAUACGCCAACCAUGAUCUCACUCUCCGUCUAGGCACACACUUCACCUUUGACGUAUACCUCGACCCGGACGAGCCGCUCAACAAUGACGACAGCGCUGGCACCAGCAGCGGCGGGGACAUCUUCUCAGGAAUCACUAGCCUGGCCAAGCGGGAUGCGACAUCACUGGAAGUAAGUGUUCUGGAGGAGUUUGACGAGGAAGUCGACGUCGAGGUUGAGGGUGGUGAGGGUCCCGGACAGAAAGUCCGGAAGCGGAGGAAGGGCUGGAGGAUUGCGUGGCGGACGCGGGGGAGCUGGGCUCGGCCGACGUGGAUGUUAAAGAGUGAGAGGGUGCAGGAGUUUGCGGAAGUUGGGGAGGGGGAGACGGAGUAUGUUACGUGGGAGACAUUUUAUGGGCCUUUGGCACCAGUUGUAAAGGCUCUGGUGGGGGUUAAGGUUGCUAGGGGAUUUGAGGCUUGGGCAGAGGGGCUGAAGGGGGCUGUUGAGAAGUGA